AUGUCAUCAGCUCCACGUGUGGCAUUAGUGACCGGGGCCAACAAGGGCAUCGGCUUUGCCAUCACAAGGGACCUGUGCCGGCAGUUCUCGGGGGACGUGGUGCUCACGGCGCGGGACGAGGCGCGGGGCCGGGCGGCCGUGCAGCAGCUCCAGGCUGAGGGCCUGACUCCCUGCUUCCACCAGCUGGACAUCGAAGACCUGCAGAGCAUCCGGGUCCUACGCGACUUCCUGCGCAAGGAGUACAAGGGCCUGGACGUGCUGGUCAACAAUGCAGGCGUUGCCUUCGACACUGGUGAUCCCACACCCCUUCAUAUUCAAGCAGAAGUGACCAUGAAAACAAACUUCUUUGGUACCCAAGCUGUGUGCACAGAACUGCUGCCUCUAAUGAAACCCCAAGGCAGAGUGGUGAAUGUGUCUAGCAUAAUGAGCUUCGCAGCCCUUAAAUCGUGCAGCCCAGAACUGCAGCAGAAAUUUCUGAAUGAGACCAUCACAGAAGAGGAGCUGGGGGUGCUCAUGAAGAAAUUCGUGGAUGACAUAAAGAACGGAGUGCACAAGGAGGAGGGCUGGCCUGAUAUAAAAUUAGUCACAUAUGCAGUGUCCAAGAUGGGUGUCACGGUCCUGUCCAGAAUCCAUGCCAGGAACCUGAGUGAGCAGAGGAGAGGGGACAAGAUCCUCCUGAAUGCCUGCUGCCCUGGAUGGGUGAGAACAGACAUGGGUGGACCAAAAGGCAUCAAAAGCCCAGAAGAAGCAGCAGAGGACCCUGUCUACUUGGCCCUUUUGCCAUCAGAUGCUGAGAGACCUCAUGGAGACUUUCUUAUGGAGAAGAAAGUUGAACAAUGGGGACUCCUCUCUCAGUUCCCUUCAUGGGUUCCAUUUUGAUAUCUGACAUGAUUUGACCAAAACAACUCUUACACUGUCAACAAUAUCCUUACCAAAAAAAAAAAAAAAAGAAUCUCCACCCCUAUCAAGUACUCACGCUGAAUUGGCUACAAAAUUCUGUAAAGUUUUCUGAGAUUUCUUCUGUGUUAUAAAAGAAAAAGUAUGACUCUGAGAAACAAA